AGGAGAAGCUUACGGAUGUGGAGCAGCAGCUGAAGAAGGCAGAGGCAGCCCAAAGACGAAAGUUGCAGAAUGAGAAAGCUGCAAGGGAAUCUGAGGCAGAGGCCAUCAGGAAAGUUCUGGGUCAGGAUUCAAACAGGAAGAAGCGUGAGGACAAAAUAAAAAAACGUCAGGAGGAAAUGGCUCAGGAGAAGCUUGCUCAUGAGGAGAGAGCUGCAACAAGCUACAUCAGAACAAUCAUGGGUCCUAACGGUACGACUGUGUCCUUCCCCGAAGACAAGGUUCCAAAUCUGCUCCAGUCCAAACCAGUGAGUUACCCUCCUCCGAGGGAGAAAUGUGCUGGCCCUUCAUGCACCAACCCGUACAGAUACCGGGAUUCGAAGACUAAUCUUCCUCUGUGCAGCCUCCAUUGCUACAAGGCG